UCCAUACUUCUAUUCUCCGGCUUACCUUUUUUCUUCAUCAUUCAUCCCAUCUCCUCCCCUUUCUCUCUCCAGCACACUAAUCUAUCUCUACACUUGUUCAUUGUUCAUUAUAGUAACAGACCUCAAGCGUCAAGAAACCCCAUAACAAUGACGAGCUUACGUCCACUCUUCGCCAACUUCCUCUCUCUUUUCCUCCUCCACAGUGGUUGCUGCAUCUUCACCCCCAACCACCAUCAUCACCACCAAUUCAAAAAAAGAAAAGUCUCUCCUCUCUAUCUACACUUCUCUCCCUCCUCUUCUAGUCUCAAGACUCUCAACAAACUUAAACCCAACAAAGUUCUCUCAUCCUCUUGGUCCUUCCUCAAACGGAUCUUCUCCUCUAAACCCACCACACCCAUCACCACAACCCACCCGAAUUCGUCCCUUCUAUCACCAUCCUCCUCCACCAGAUCCUUUCAACAUUCUUCCAUUGUCGUAGCUCUCGAAACUCUAGUUUCGGAUCCUUCACGCAAAAGAACCGUUCUAUCUCACCCCGAAUCCAAUAUCUCCGCCGAUCAACACUUCCUCCCUCUCCGAAACGACAUCUAUCCAUGUCCCAUUUGCGGCGAAAUCUGCCAAACAUCUAAUCUUCUUGAACAACACCAAUCUAUAAAGCACGCUGUUUCUGAACUAAUCGACGGAGAUUCGGGUAAGAACAUAGUCCGGAUCAUAUUCAAAACAGGUUGGCCCGAUAAAGCAAAGAACCCGAUUAUACAUCGGAUCCUCAAGAUCCACAACUGCCCGACAAUAUUAACUAGGUUUGAAGAGUACAGAGACUGCGUAAUAUCAAAAGCCUCACGAAACGUCGCCGUACAGAGAUAUGACGAGAGGUGCAUCGCCGACGGGAAUGAGCUCUUGAGGCUUCACUGUGCCACGUUUCUGUGUGAUCUGGGGCAAAAUGGUAAUUCUAGCUUAUGCAGUAACCAGUGCUGUAGUGUUUGUGGGAUUAUCAGAGGUGGAUUCUCACCCAAGAUGAAUGGAAUUUCCACGCUAUCUACUAGUUGGAGGGCACACGUUUCGAUCCCAGAAGAGAUCGAGGAGGAGUUAAAGUUCAUGCACGUGAAGAGAGCCAUGCUGAUGUGCCGUGUCAUAGCGGGUCGGAUCGGUUGUGACCCGGAUAUUGUGGACAAGGAUGAACCCGGGUUGGACUCGUUGGUGGGUCGGGGACGUGGGGUUCAGACAAGGCUGGAUGAAGAGAAUGAGCUGUUGGUUUUUAAUCCGAGGGCUGUGCUUCCCUGCUUUGUGAUUGUGUACACCGUCUGAGUGGUGAUUGCGUGCUGUAUUCCAUGGGAUUGUUCUGCAGAGUGAUGUGGUCCUACCCGUAAGUGUUUAUAUUGUGGUGGUUAUUGAUUGGAAUUCUCAUGCACUGUUAAAAAAUAAAUAAAAAAAUUGCAGAGUGGUCAUAGAAAUCUCCUUGUCUGCCUUUAAUUGACUCUUGGAUUCACAUCAACGGUUUGGUAUCAAAUCUAUUCUCAUGUUAUAAAUUUAUGUUGUAACCCUGUAAAGUUUGUGUUUUCUGUGGAACGUAUAACCUUUUAUGGAGUGAAAUGUGG